GACGUGCACGCCUUCAUCAACGUGCGCGCUUACAUACAACCCUUCUCCUCCUCCCGGUCUCCCUCAACCCAACCCCUUGUUGAACGUGUGAUUUUCUCCGAGCGGGCUCACAGGGACCCCUCCUGUUUAUUCCCUGGUCGGAUCAGACAGACAGAGAGAGAAACGAAAAGAGCUUCUAAAAGAAGGACGGAACAUACUGUAAGGAGAUUGCAGAGAGCGAAUUGCGUGCAUCUGGAAAUCGAGAGACAACAGGGGAAACAAAAUCAGCUUCCAAAAUGAAUCCAUCUUGCGCCAGAUGUAACAAGAUUGUCUACCCGACUGAAAAAGUCAACUGCCUGGACAAGUUCUGGCAUAAAGCAUGUUUCCAGUGUGAAGUCUGCAAAAUGACUUUAAACAUGAAGAACUACAAAGGUUAUGAUAAGAAACCUUACUGCAAUGCGCACUACCCAAAGUCAUCAUUCACUGCUGUGGCAGAUACCCCAGAAAACCUACGCCUGAAAAAGCAGAGCAAGUUGCAGAGUCAAGUGCAAUACAAAGAAGAUUUCGAAAAGAACAAAGGGAAAGGAUUCAGCGCUGUGGCUAAUACUCCUGAACUUGAGCGGAUCAAGAAGAAUCAAGAACUGGUCAGCAAUAUUAAAUAUCAUGAAGAAUUUGAGAAAAGCAAAGGAACUAGUGCGGCGGCUGGUGAACGAAGGCCCUCGAAUGAUAUUCCUCAGUACAACGUCCAGCAUGAGAUGCAUCAAGGCUACCAGCAACGUCAGGAGCCCCAGACCCAAGAAUACACUCCACCUGCUGCACCUGGUGCUCCACCUCCCUCCACUGGGAAGCGUUACAGAGCUGUGUACGACUAUGUAGCAGCUGAUGAUGAUGAGAUCUCCUUCCUGGAUGGUGAUUUAAUUGUUGAUGUACAACAGAUUGAUGAAGGUUGGAUGUAUGGUACCGUGGAGAGAACAGGCGACACCGGCAUGCUCCCAGCUAACUACGUCGAAGCCGUGUAAUGGAGCCCAGAUCAAAUGCCUGCUUAUGCUUUGAUUAUAUAUAUUAUAAAUAAAAUAAAUCACCGUAUGGUUCCCAACAGUAAGUUGACAAAAAUAUUAGGUAAAACAAAUGUAUUAAAUUGUGGUUCCAAUUAUAUAACAAAUUUUUUCAGUUUCUCUGAUCUUAGUAUUACUGGAAUACAGUCAAAAUUUUCUUUGGCUUGUCUAUCUCGAAGGAAAGCUAGUCAUUUUUUUGAAAGCUUUUCACUGCUUUGUCCAACUCUCCCUUUUUUUUUAGAAAGGUAACCUCACUCCUUCUAGAUCCUUAAUUUGAAAUUCUCAACUGGAUUAUUGCCUUUGAUUAAUCUGGAUAAUCUCAGAUUACACCUUUUAAUCACAUGUAUUUUAGUUUCUCGAGAACAUUGUUCUGUAUUUGCAAAUUGCUGAAAUAACUCACUGUGCAGGACCAAAAUACAGGGUAGGCAGGAGGAAGAGUGUGAAUACUGUUUGUCAAAGUUUCUGUUCUGUUCUUCAACUGUAAACGGCAGAGACAGACAGAGAGAGAGAGAGAGAGAGAGAGAGAGAGAGACUUGAUCUGUGAUGGAUAGAACCCCCACACUCCCACCCCAAUUCACGUGCGCACCAUACCCACACACCCACCUAUCCCACACACUUGUGCAAAGUGAAGACGCACACAUUGUGGGUGUACACAGUUACUCUCUCAUUCUCUCUACCCUCCAUCUCUCCAGCUCACGCUCGCAGUGAGGCACACUGAUGAACAGUAAGACUGGAUGGUUUUUUGUAUUCUAAAUGUCACCUUUUCCCCCCAAUAGCUUACAGACAAUACACAAACAUUAUUUGACUAUGGGUGAAGUAUCACCGUAAACAGUUCAGUUAAUGGUGUAAUUCUUGUAAAACCAGGAAUGUCAAUGUACGACCUUCCACUAAUGCAGACUCUUUUGACUCAUGUAAAUUUUCAGCUGAGUGAAGCAAGCACUGAAACAGUGUCCCUGUGACCAUUUUUCUCAAAAAUGGAAGUGAUGCAACAGACUGAGUUACUGAUAUCAGAAGAUAAAGGCCCAGUGGAAUUGCAGAGGUGGAUGAAAUCCUACCUGCUGCCAUUCUUGCCCCAUUCCUAACCCAUCUCUACUAUUGUGGCAGUCCUUGUUACAUGCAAAUGUUGUGACACAUUUGACUGUACAAGAUGAAUUUUAGAGCAGGAAUGUGGGUAGAGGAGUGAAGUGAGCUGAAAGUGUAUUUAAAUUUGAAAGUUUGGUAAGUGAGAGCAAAAUUCCCUUUCUUUUUGUACUGGUUGCUGCUCAGUCUAGAUCCAUUCAUUUCAAAACUGUGAAGCCUGUAAACUCGGCAUAACUUGGUAUAUUUUUAUCCCAUUUUAAAGCAGUUUGUGCCAUUGAAAUAAAGAGAAUCUCUUUUUAAAAAAAGCUGGAGGUGGCAACAAUAUUAAACAACUUGAGGAGUGAUGUAAUGAGAAUGGUUACUUUUACUGGAAUUAAUACACAUUCCUUUUCUGAGUCAUUAUUGUGUUACAUGGCAAUAUGUGAGGCUUUAGUGAGACUGAGUCCAGUUUAAACCAGUCUGACACAGAAGGAGUUGCAUGACCAAUGUUUUGCUAUUCCUGUCAAGUUGUGGUGACAAUGGGAAGCUGUCUCCAAGCAACUCCCUCUAUCGUCUGUGUAACGAGUAUCCAGUGGUUAUUAGUCUGGGGUCUCUUUGUGCACAAUUGAGCAGUAACCAGCUGACUGCACCCAUGUAAAUGCCUUUUAUAUGUUAUAUGCAUUUGUGUUACAAGCAAUGCACCAGGAACCUACCAUGAUAUUGCAGUAUGUUUCUUAAAGAAGUGUCAUGUCAUUAAUUUAUGAGUUAGCUAUUUUUGACUGCAGUUGCGCCAAUUAAUUGAUCGAUUCCUGCUGUUGGUGGUAAACAUGAUGUUGAUGGAUUAAUUAAAUCCCUUGGUGCAGAUUGUACUGUAUCAUCUAAAGCUUUGUCUAACAGCUCUCUGCUAUUUUGUUCAUUGGGAAACUAUCCAACAUACUUGUUAAGACCAUUGUAAAUCCCCAGACUGCUUUAAGAUGGGGAGCUCGUGUAUUGAGACUGGUUACAGUAAAAUGAAAAUGAAACGGUUCUGCUUCACUAAGAGAAUAUUGCAUUAACAGCCUUCAGUGAAGUGUCAGAAUUUAAGCUGGUCUGUGCAGUACUUAAACAGACAAACUGGGUAGAGGUGGGGAGGGGUUUUCACCUCUAGAAGCAGCAAAAAGCAAACAUUGGAACCCUGGCCUGAAAUGACCUAGGCUUGAAACAACUGGUUAACUGGUAAAGCUGGUGGGCCACAGAAGAUUUGUACAUUAGCACAAAUGUGUAGACAUUGCUGUGCCAACAUUAAUGACUCUCUUAACAUUCCAUGGUAUCAGUACAUUAUCUGCUUAGUCUUAACAUGCUAUUUAAUUUGAAACUUGCAGUUGUUACCGCUAAUUAAUUGGUUAAAGAAAAUUGUGUUUGUUUACACAUCAUGCUUAUCAAGUUCUGCUUAGAGCUUUUGCUAAAGAUGUUAUUGAGUUACUCACCUGCAAAAAGACGGCAUCUGAAAUGACCUUUUGCCUUCUGGGAAGAUCUUUUUUAAAGACGAGGCUAAAUGCGAAGGGAACAACCAUGUUUUGAGCUGUGUUUCACUUGAUGUGUGUUGGUUUGUUCAAAAGGCUGGUCAGGCUGGAUGAGAGAGAGUAUUCUCUUGUGAUCUUCCCCAGCAAUGGUAUAUGUCUUGGCAGUCCACCCACCCUCCACAGAACAGCUUACAAGAAAUGGGGUUUAUUCAGCAUGAAGGAACACCCUCCAUCUGUCUUCAAUUGCCUGGACUGAGAAGUUGCCAUUGAUUUGUGAGGCAUUCUGCAUCAUUGACCAAGGUCAUCAUUUUGAAAAGGAGUUGUGGCUAUAAUUUGGUUGGCUUGGGAAUUAAUGGUGGAUGCAGGCAAUGAAUAAAAGGUGGUGUUACAGAUGUAUGUAUGUUAUUUCAUAAAAAUACUGGAUAUCUGUGAUUCACAUUAAGUAUGUCUUUGCAUUUCUGAAUUCUUCAUUACCAUGCUUGCAAUUUUUAGGAAAAAAAUGUAUUUUUGGCAUGAUUCUUACAUGACAGAUUGUCAAUAAACAAACGAUGGGAAAUAA